AUGAAUUUAUCUACAAAUAAUGGAGAAAAUUUAAAAAUAUCAAUUGAAGUUUCCAUAGGGUGUUUUGUUUGGUUUUGUGAUUCAAAUGAAAGGAGAAGAGUGGCAAUUAAAUGUGAAAAAGUUGAUGAUCAGAGAAAAUUGAAUUCCUUUACAAAUUUCCACCACAAUUCAAUAAUUACAUUUUCGAAUAUUUUCAAACAAAAUGGUCAAAUAUUUCUGGCAUCAACGUUAAAAAUGGAUUUGGGAACGUGUAAAAAUCUCUUAAAUUCAACAUAUAUUGAAGGAUUUCCUGAACCUGUUAUCAAAAUUAUUGCUAAAAAUGUUUUGAAAGGAUUAAUGUUUCUUCACUCUAAUGGAAUAAUACAUCGGGGAGUUUGUGCCCAAAAUAUUCUACUCGACUCUGAAGGAGAAAUAAGAUUAGCAAUAACCCAAAAUGCCAUAAAAAUCGCAGAUUGCCCCAGAUGGAUUGGUCAAUUAAAUAGAGUCCACAGCUUUGCCGGACUUGAAGAUUCUUUUGUUUGGUUGGCCCCAGAAGUUUUGAGACAAGAUUUGAAUGGAUAUGGAAUUGAAUCGGAUAUUUAUAGUUUUGGAAUUUUUAUUUGUGAAUUAUCUAAUGGAAUUGCUCCUUUUGCUGAAAUGGAACCUUUGAGAAUUUUAUAUGAAAAAUUACGAGGAACUACUCCCUUUUUGAUGGAUUCACAAACUUCAGAAAAUGAACUUUCUAAUCGAGAAUUUUCUCCCGAUUUGCACGAACUUGUCAACGAGUCACUUAUACACGAUUAUGAACAAAGGCCUUCUGCACACGAAUUUUUAGAAAAAUAUAAAAAUACUUUAUUUAUUGAACAAAUUAAUAAAGAAAUAAUUAAACAAUAUUUGCCUUUAACAAAUAUUUUGUUGUAA